CUCCUCCCAGUAGCCCUCAAUUCGCCAUGGCCGGAGUCCUAGAAACCCUAAUCAUUCCACGCGUCUCCGCUCCCCCAUUCGCCUCCGUCCGGCUCUCGGAAUUCAGGGGUCUCAAGAUGCUACCAACUCGGUCGUCGGCUAAGCUGAGCACCACCCGCUCACCUUCUCGAGGUUCCACUAGAAUCGUUUGCGAGGCGCAGGACACUGCUGUUGGAGUGGCUGCUGUUACUGAUCCGGACUGGCAAUCUCUUGUGCUCAAAUGCGAUUUGCCUGUUCUGGUUGAAUUCUGGGCACCGUGGUGUGGGCCAUGUCGCAUGAUCCACCCUGUCAUCGACAAACUGGCCAAAGACUAUGCUGGGAAGCUCAAAUGCUUCAAGGUCAACACCGAUGAUUGCUCUACGAUCGCAACCCAGUAUGGGAUCCGGAGUAUUCCUACUGUCUUAAUAUUCAAGAAAGGGGAGAAGAAAGAAGCAGUCAUUGGUACUGUUCCAGAAUCUACACUGACAACUUGCAUAGAAAAAUACUUGUAGAAGUGCAAGUGCACAUGUAUCUUCUCUUUCACUUUUUUCCGCCCCUUUUUUGGAAACAUUCCCAAAAUCACCGUAAGAAAAUAUAUGAAACCGUGUAUAGUUGAUGCAGAUUUAAAAUAUCAUUCAUACUUGUAUUA